CUACGUCUUAGCAGCCCUGGAUCAAAAUCAGCUGUUGUGUUGUAGGCAAACGUUUUUGGUUGAUCGCACAGGACUGCAACGGAAUUAUGGUCAUCACCAACAACACAACACUGCCCGAGGAGUCGGAGCUGAACGUCCAGGAGCUAAAUCUCUCGUCGGCGGCCUUACGUGCGGGCGCUUUCCAUUUGGGCAAGCAAUGCGAGCAGGCCAAUAAUGAGUUUAUGCUGUGCCGGCAGGAGCUGGAUGACCCGCGGGCCUGUUUGGCGGAGGGCAAAGCCGUGACCAGCUGCGCCCUGGACUUCUUCCGCAAGGUGAAGAAGACCUGCCAUGAGGAGUUCACGCAGUACGCCACCUGCCUGGACAAGAGCAGCGGUACUAUGGCUUUUUCACAUUGCCGCAAGACCCAGGGAGUGUUCGACAAGUGUAUCAAGGAUAACUUCGACUGGGAUCGUCCCUCAUAUGGAUACUUUUCGCGGGCCAAGGUCAUCCAAUCAGCUCGUGAAGCACCAAAGAAGGAGGAGAAGGUCUCCUAUCCCGAUGCCACCCCCGGUCUGCCCGAGGAUUACCCCAAGCCGCCAGCAAAGUACGGUUCCCGCUUCCACUGGCUGGAAUAGACAGCUGCCAGCGCCAAGUGAAAUUUGAAAGCGUUCAUCUUAAUAUAAACUCUUGUUUCCAUUAGUA